UUUAAUUCUAAUUGUUCUAGGUUUCUUGUGCCAAAGUAAAAUAAGGCUUUUCUUGUGGAAGAAUAAAGAUGCUUAGUAGGAUAUGCAGACGUAGCUUCAGCUCUGUUUUUCCUCAACCAUGGCUCUUUAUUUGGCUGGGCAAUCCUGGUGAUAAAUACAAGGGAACAAGACAUAAUGUUGGAUUUGAUAUGGUAGAUGCAUUUGCACAGUCAGUUGGCAUCCAGAUGGAUGAUGUACAUUGCAAAGCUAUAUUUGGGAAAGGUUUCCUUAAUGGAGUUCCAGUUUUCCUUGCUAAGCCCCAAACUUAUAUGAAUUUGAGUGGUGAAUCUAGUGGACCACUUGCUGCAUAUUAUAAGCUUCCACUCAACCGCGUGAUUGUGUUUCAUGAUGACAUGGAUUUGCCAUGUGGGGUACUUCGUCUUCACCCUAAAGGAGGUCAUCAUAGUCACAAUGGGUUAAAGAGUGUGAUUUAUCAUUUUUGUGGAAACAAAGAGUUUCCUCGAUUACGAAUAGGCAUUGGAAGACCUCCUGGUCAAAUGGAUCCGAAGGCAUUCUUGCUUCAAAAGUUUAAUGCAACUGCUCGAGAACGGGUUGAUGUUGCUUUACAAGGAGGGGUUGAUGCGUUGAAACAGCUCUUAUCCAAAGGCUUAACAGAAUCUGCGAGGUGUUUUAACACUCAACAAAAGUACAAGCAUAUAAGAUUACAGACAAUCCCAACAUGAUCAUGAUUAUAUUCAAGCCUUCAAUCAAGGUUUCUAGCUAGAACCAUACUGCUGGUGCGUAGCUUCUUUCUUUAGAGUAUUUGAUUAUCUUUAACUGACUUUUCAAAGUAUACAUCCAAGUGAAUAACAAAAAAAAAAUAAAGAAAUUGAUUUCAUUUCUAGGUGCUAAGGCACUUGAUUUAUUUAUCAAUAAACACACUUGCUUAAAAUAAAUGCAUUUGCCCUUAUUUGGAGCCAACUUAGCUUUC